GUGAACAUGUUACUUUGAGAAACAGAUUUCACAAGAUAAUGUUUUAUAUUCGAAUAUUCAUUACGUACCUUCUCCAAAGUUAGAUACAAAUAUGCAAUUUUAAAAACAUUUUAAAGACAAAAAUCUACCAAUAAAGUAUCAAUUAAUUGUAAUUAUGGACCUGACUAUAUAUAGACGUUCGUCACCAUUGUAAUAAAAUUGUUUGUAUAUAAAAAGGGCACUGUUUCCAUGCUCAACUCUUGAUAAAUUAUAAGCGCCUUUGAAGAGAAGAAAAAAAAAAUGCAUUAUCAAGAACAGAUGGAGUCUCUUAUGUUGGGUGAAGAACGCAGACGCGAAAACUGCGUUAGAGACGCAGACGCGGACGCAGAUGAAGGUUUUAACUCUCCCUCUUCUUUUCCAAACUCUCCUGACGAAUCAGACCGUCGCAGUUCUUCUUCUUCAAGGAGAGGAUUGUCAAAACAUUACAGAGGCAAGUCACAGUCCUUCACGUCGCUGUCGGAAGCGCUGACAGUAGAAGAUCUCGCGAAACCCGAGAAUCCUCUCAACGCGAAACUGAAGCAGCGACGGGAGAGCUCUCACUGUCGACGAUUAUCCGGUUGCGGCGGUGCAUCGCAGCAAAAUCUAGCUGGCCACGACGCUUUCUUCGCCGGAAACGAUAGGCAGCCGAGACUUUCCGGUAACAGACUGCCUCCGAGAGCUCAGACGCUUUCGGCGGCUCACAUAUCGGCUUUGCUCACUCGAACCUGAACCGGGAAGCUUUUAGUUUAUUUGUUUAUCUAAACCGGAAUAGAACCGGGUUUCGUUUGGGAUGAUGUUUACUGGAGCUUCAGUCUUCUGAAUUGUGUGAGAAUGUAUAAAUUAUAAGUAUUUAGACU